AGUUGCCUUGGCAGCAAAGCAGUUAGAGCUGCUAAACGAGAACGCCAGGAGCGGUCCCAUCGAUCCAUCCCGUCUCCCCCUCGUCCUCUUGCUCUCUGCUCCGUGGUUCUGAGAGUUGAGGGUUCGGGUAGCCGUACGUGGCACUGAGGGCAAGAGGGCCAGGACAGUGGGCAGCAGAGCCGGGGUGCAGGAGAAGAUGCCCAUCCUGCUGUUCCUCAUAGACACGUCCGCCUCCAUGAACCAGCGCACAGAUCUAGGCACCUCUUAUUUGGAUAUUGCCAAAGGCGCUGUGGAGUUAUUCUUGAAGCUGCGUGCCAGGGAUCCGGCCAGCCGUGGAGACAGGUACAUGCUGGUCACCUACGAUGAACCCCCAUACUGCAUCAAGGCUGGUUGGAAGGAAAACCACGCUACAUUCAUGAGCGAACUAAAAAAUCUUCAGGCUUCUGGAUUGACUACUCUUGGUCAGGCUCUAAGAUCCUCAUUUGAUUUAUUAAAUCUCAAUAGAUUAAUAUCUGGAAUAGACAAUUAUGGACAGGGGAGAAAUCCAUUUUUUUUAGAACCGUCUAUUUUAAUAACCAUCACAGAUGGAAACAAGUUAACAAGUACCACUAGCAUUCAAGAAGAGCUUCAUCUUCCUUUGAAUUCUCCUCUGCCUGGAAGUGAACUAACCAAAGAACCUUUUCGUUGGGAUCAAAGGUUAUUUGCCCUGGUGUUGCGUUUGCCUGGAGUGGCUUCUACCGAACCAGAGCAACUAGGGAGUGUACCAACUGAUGAAUCAGCCAUCACACAAAUGUGUGAAGUCACAGGCGGUCGUUCCUACUGUGUUAGAACACAAAGAAUGUUGAAUCAAUGUUUAGAAUCUCUAGUCCAGAAAGUUCAGAGUGGUGUAGUUAUUAAUUUUGAAAAAACAGGACCAGAUCCACUUCCUGUUGGCGAAGAUGGAUUUGUGGAUUCAUCUAGGUCAGUCAAUUCAUUUACCCCUCAACUGUGGCAUAGUUGUCAUAAACUCAUUUAUGUGCGGCCUAACUCCAAAACUGGUGUUCCUGUUGGACAUUGGCCAAUUCCAGAAUCUUUUUGGCCAGAACAGAAUUUAUCUUCACUACCUCCACGAACCUCUCAUCCAAUUGUGAGGUUCUCCUGUGUGGAUUGUGAGCCACUUGUAAUAGACAAAUUGCCCUUCGACAAAUAUGAACUUGAACCUUCUCCCUUAACUCAGUACAUUCUGGAAAGAAAGUCUCCCCAUACCUGUUGGCAGGUAUUUGUGGCUAGUAGUGGAAAAUAUAAUGAACUUGGAUAUCCAUUUGGUUAUUUAAAAGCCAGUACAACUUUACCUUGUGUAAACCUUUUUGUGAUGCCUUACAACUACCCAGUGUUACUUCCUCUUUUAGAUGAAUUGUUUAAAGUUCACAAACUUAAGCCAAAUCUGAAGUGGCGACAGGCUUUUGACAACUACUUAAAAACCGUGCCUCCAUACUACUUAUUACCAUUAAAGAAAGCACUAAGGAUGAUGGGAGCUCCAAAUCUGAUAUCAGAUAAUUUAGAUUGUGGACUUAGUUACAGUGUUAUCUCUUACCUUAAAAAACUCAGCCAACAGACCAAACUAGAGUCAGAACGAAUUCUAGCAUCAAUGGGGAAGAAACCUCCCCAGGAAAUUGGUAUCAAAGUGAAAAAUCAAUCUGGAGUUGGUGUUCCUUUGGCUCAAAGUAAAAAUUUUAGAAAACUAUUGAAAGAAAUCACAGGGGAAACUGUACUGAAACUGACAGAAUUGAAUCCCAAAGAAUUGGCCGGUUUCCAAGUAGGGCUCUUAAACAAGGAUUUGAAACCUCAGACAUACAGAAAUGCAUAUGAUAUUCCACGUAGAAGUCUCUUAGACCAGUUAACCAGAAUGAGAUCCAAUCUGCUGAAAACACACAAAUUUAUUGUUGGACAAGAUCAAGAUUCCCUUCAUAGUGUUCCAAUUGCACAAAUGGGUAACUAUCAAGAAUAUCUAAAGAUGUUGGCUUCUCCACUACGAGAGAUUGAUUCAGAUCAACCAAAAAGACAACAUACGUUUGGCAAUCCAUUUAAACAAGAUAAGAAGGGAAUGAUGGUUGAUGAAGCAGAUGAGUUUGUAGCAGGGCCACAAAACAAAGUGAAACGGCCUGGAGAAUUCAGCAAUCUUGUGUCACCCAAGAGAAGGAGGAAUAUGUCCCUGCUGUGGAGACCACAUGCACCACCUAUUGUAACUAACCAUGAUGACGGAAAGGGACCACUCUCAGCCUCGUGUUUCUCAUCUUAUACAAACUUCAAAAAACCCACUGUUAUAUAUCCAGAUGCCAGUGUUAUUCCUGAUGUAUGUGAGGAGAAGAUGGAAAAUGGGCAAAGUCCAUUGGAUGGCUUGUCAAAGUCUAUUCCACUAGAACUUAAGAAUGUGGCAGAAGAUGGUAUUUUAUCGAAUCAUUUGGAUUCUCUGUCUGAUGAUUUGAUUGGUCUUGGGAAAAAUGAGCUAAUUCACAAACCUAGCAAUAAUGUACUUGUAGAAGGAACCAAGAAUGGCAAUCUCAUUGUAGAUGACCGAAAGCCCACAAUAGCAUCUACUUUGGAAACUAUGUCAAAUUCAUUGCAGAUCACUCCUGCAAUGGCACAAGGAAUCAACGCUGAUAUCAGACAUCAAUUAAUGAAGGAAGUUCGAAAGUUUGGACGAAAGUAUGAAAGAAUUUUCACUUUGCUUGAACAAGUACAAGGACCUCUGGAGAUGAAGAGACAGUUUGUUGAAUUUGCAAUCAAGGAAGCUUCAAGAUUUAAAAAACGAGUCUUAAUUCAGUACCUUGAGAAGGUAUUGGAAAAAAUAGAUUCCUAUAACUUUAUCAGCAAUGUGAAUCACAUCAGCAGAAGAUGAUUGUGUGAAUGUAAAGACCAGUGAGAAAAAUGACAACUGUUCUGUACUGUAGGAUGAAAAAGGAUGUUUCGGAGCCUCUGAAAUACGUUCAUCAAGCGAAUGGGAAUGGCCUUCCAGAAACCAGGAGAAAGCAUUAGAGCUUCUUGUUAUAUAUGGCUAUCCAGUAGUAAAAGUUGGGCUCUGCCUUAAGAAUUGUUAAGCAUUAAUUUUUGGUUUUGUCAUUUCUUUUUCUAAUUGAGGAAAGUGAUGUUAAUUAAUUCAGUAGGCUAAAUCCAUAAAACGUUGCUGCCCCUACUGUAAGUAAUAAGGGUUCACAUAUUCAAACUUCACCAUUCUGGGCAUUUUCAAAGUGACUAGGGCUACCUGUAAGUGGAGCCUACUUGGUUUUAUGUCCUCUAGAGUGAACAUAUAGAAUCAAAGUUGAAAUCUCAUGUGCUGAACAAAAUUUUCAAUGAUUCCUUAUUGUGCCUUUUAAACCAUGCAAUAUUCAGGAUAGUUUGAAUCAAAAAAUAAAAAGCUGCUAUUUAGGUAACUUAUUUCUCUCUGGGAAUGGGCAGGGAGACUCUACCUCCAAUUCUCUUCAUUUUGUCUAGAGAUAUUACAAAGUGCACCUGAGGCUAUUUUAACCUCUGACAUUUGUUCUUGCCUAUGACAACAGGGAAUGUUCAGGUGGACUUAUGCAUUCUGUGCUUUGGAAGCACUUAAAAUAUGUAUAUUUCCUUUAAUGUUUAUAUGAAAAUUUAUAUAGAGCAGUGUUGUUAUGUUUAUAUUAAUUUGUAAAAAUGUAAGCAUUCGAAGAGAUUUUGACUUCACAUAUAUGAAAUAAAUAAUUUUAUUGAUUUUUAUAAGUUGA